AUGACGAGCUUCGCCGACGUCUUCCGCCCGUCGCUGCAGGCGGCGGCUCUCAUGGCCGAGUACCAAGACGGGCUCUUCGAGGACGUCCGCGCGUACAUGGCGGACUUCCGGCGCCACGCCCGCGAGCACACGGAGACCAAGCCGCAAGGCUACGAGGUGACCAUCUACCCGAGCCGGCUCCACGAUGGACCUGCGUUCGGUCUCAACUGCAGCGACCUCCUUCUCGGUAAGCUCGCUGUAUCGCGCCAGGUCUGCGAAGCGCCUGUGCACUUUGCGGCGCGCCAAGGCGACCUAGCGAUCAUCAUGCGCUUCCUGGCCUGUCGCCCGACGUGGCUCUGCCUCGACACGAUUGCGUGCGCGCUGGCCCACAACCAGGUCGAAAUCGGGACGUUCCUCUUGCAGCACCGAUCGAUCAUGCACCCGCGCCCGCUCUGGUCGCCCCGUCGCGGCCCCGCGCCUCCGCAGGCCACGUCCGCAGCGCUCAUCGAGGCCCGUAUCGCGGCGACGCUCGAGGCCCGCAUCGCCGCACACGACCGUCCCGAGCUGCUGAAGCUGCUGGCGACAAUCAAACCGGACGCGGACUGGCCCAUCGCGCUCGCGGGCGCCAUGCAAGUGCGUGCGACGACCGCGAUGCAGUACCUCUACGACACGUACGGCGACGACGCUGUCGACGAAUGCACGUUGAACGAGGCGUGUGCGGCGGGCCUCUUGGCGUUUGCGCAGCAGCUGCACGAAAAGGGGCAUGCGUGCACCAUGCUAGCGAUGGAUCGCGCGGCCAUGAACGGGCAUCUGGAUGUCGUCCGCUUCCUGCACGAACACCGCCGCGAGGGUUGCUCCCGCACCGCGAUGGUCCAAGCCGCGACCAACGGCCAUACCGACGUGGCGCUGUACCUUCUCACGCACUUUCCGGCGGCCGAGUCGGCCAAGUUUAUGAGCGUCGCGCGCGGCCGCGACUUGCUCCAGUGCCUGCAUCGUCGCUCGAAGCGGCGCUGCUCUGUGCGCGCGCUCGCGACCGCGGCGAUCCACGGCGAUGCCAAAGCGCUCAAGUGGAUUCUAACCGAGUAUCCCUUGUAUGGUUCUGUCUUGACGGCGCGCGGCGACGGCUUCCAGUGCCUCCUUGCGGCCGCCUGUGGCGAAAAGGGCAAUCUCGACAUUGUCGUGCGCCUAAGCACGCACGUCUCGCCGCCGCUGCCUCCAACCAACAACUUUGUGGCCGCCGCGACGCGCGAGAUCAAGCGCGUGCUCGAUUCCGACAUGCUCUCGCCCGUGCACAUGGCCAUGGCGCACGGCCACUUGGAGAUCCUCGACUACCUCGAGACUCGCCAGAGCGUCACGUGGAGCCGCGUCAUCCCAGGCCACGUCCAAGCUCGCAUCUGCGCACACAUACGCGCGCCGUUCAUUUGGUCGUAUCUGCGUAACCGCGGAGUCGUACUCGACGGUUCGUGGGCGACUGCAGCGUGCGGCUACAGUCGUCACUGGGCGUGGGCAGAGUCUAUCGUCGCGACAGCCAGCUCGCCGAUGGGAAUGCAGUGGCUCAUGCACGCCGCGCUCCGUCAUGAUCGUGACGUGGUGGCGACGCUGUGCCAGUUCAAAAGCCGCUUGUAUCCGCCGACCGCCGAAGACAUUGUCGACUGCGCGUACCUUCCGGACGUCGUGCGCUACUUGUACGCAACGUACCCGACUUCGUUUACAGCCAACGUCCUCGAGACCGCCGUGAGCCGCGGCGUCGCCAACACGUGGCUCGUGCGCUUCCUCCUCGGCCAUGGCGUCAGACGCGUGCGCGAUGCCUUCCCGCAGACGAUCCGGCACCAAGACGCGGCUGGCUUUGCGCGGCUCUGGCCUUUCUGCAAGUCUGGCGACGGCGUCGACGACCUCUUGUACCUCGCGACGCUGGCCUACGGUGUCGUGGACCGCCCCAACCGCGUCCUCGCCGACCUCUGGCUCGAGACGUUCACGGCGACCUUCGAGUUGUGCGAGACACCGACGUUUCUUACCUUGCGCUUUGCCCGGUUUGCGAGUGAGAACCCGUCGGCGGCCGCGUUCUUGAAGGACCUCCGCGACGAAGGCCUCCGCCCCUUCAACUGGCUCGUGCCGCGCCUCUUGCGCAAGGACGUUGCGGCGUACCUCCAGCACAUUCUCACGACGUGGGAGCAGUACGUGCUCCAAGAGAACCCAAAAAACCCGCCGCAGCCGAGCUCGUUUCGCACACCGAUCCGAUGGCGGCGCCUUCGACGGCCCGUGUGGUAA